UAAUACUCGUGGCCAGACAACCAAACGCCUUUGCGAUUAUGACAUACUUCCCUACCUGAGCUAGCUAGCCCUAUUCCUGUCUCAUAUUGCAAAUCCCCUCGUCUCAGCUUGUUCCACGGCCACCAUCCCCCAUACCCAAAGUGGCACGGGGUAGGUUGCUAUGGUUGUCAGGUUAGGCGCUCACCAGCCAUUCCUGGAAACCUUCGGAUUACCUUGGACCAGUCGUCAUGAGCGCCGUUUGGACAACAGCCCAGGCGCCGGCAAUGGGAGCCGAUCACGUUAUUUGCGGGUCAGCGCAUCCGCACCAAGUUCUCCCCCUAGCAUUUUCCAAGUCCUGAAAGCCGGAAGCGGUGGGAAUGGCGAGAGUAGCAAUUGUAACAGCAAUUGUAGUGGUGGUAGCAGUGACAGCGAACCUAACCUAGGAACUUGUAGAAAUGGGCUGAGGAGCAUUCAGGUGGAGCUGCAGUCCUGCCAGUCAUCAUUGGCUACUGCGUUACAGCCCCAGGGAACCAGUCGACCGGAGCCAAAGAAGUCAAUCUCUGCCCCCGGGGUAUUACAGCAGUCCACUAGUAACAACCCAGGGGAGGAAGGUACUGACGACAGUUGCAAAAGUAACGAUGCGCCGCCAUCUUCGAAAGCCGAUGCUAGGUCUCCGAUAAUCCAAUCUUUUAUGACCUUUCCGAAUGCAGCAGGGCAAAGUGGUGGAGAGAAGGAGCCGACAGUUUUCUGCUUCCCUUUUGAGGCAUUUGUAGCAACAUCUACGCUCCACUUACGCCCUACCAAGCGAAUAAGAGCAUUGCACGAUGUCGAUGGGCCGGGUACUAGUGGAGUUCCUUGUAAGAAGCGGCGACUGCGACUACAUCUCGUUACAAGUCGCCUCUCACAGCCUUAUUCGUGGCCUGCCACACACAUCCUCAACCGGGAGAGCGGAGAUGAUGGACCCGUCCUGGGCAGAUUCGUUAAAUUGGCGGCCAUCGGAGCCCUUAAAAAGGCCGGUCAUCAAAGUGCGCUCAUCCGUAAGGCUGCUAUCUUGAAUAGGGUUCGGAUUGGUGUGAGACAUGCUGCUGUGCUGAGAGGCCAUACCAUGAUUGCCGGUAUGGCAGCUAGGGGCAAUCUGCUGAGCCACGGUGUGCAAUUAGUGACUUCCUCAAAUGGUUCAACGGGUGGACGGUUCCCGAGUCAUUCGCCUAGUCUACACGACCAUCCAAUGUUGCCAGCAUGGCGGCCGCAUACGACAGCGUUCCACUCUUCUAUACCUGGUGCAACUCAUCUUGCUAGAAGUGAACUUGCGAGUAACGCGAGUACUUUGCAAGAAAUAAAUCCUAGUGCAACGAUAACUGGGCCUCACAGAACUUCGAAUCUGCUAUCGAGUCCAUCUCCAAAAUCCCACGACCUACCGUCGCAAAAGGAGGAAGAGGAUGAUGGGGUUGCGUUUCCCUCGCCAGAUCUUGAGACACGAUACGCGGACCUUUCGGAUGAUGACCUGGAUGACGUUUAUGCGGAUUUCGGGGUGUUAUUCGGUGCUGGUAUGCGAUCACCAGAGGAUGGCAAUGGCAGUAUUGAGGCGGCUAGCGGAGAGCAUUUUUAUGAGGAAUACCUUGACGAACUUGAUGGAAUAAGGUGGGUGGCAUAAAACACAAGCGUAGGUGUAGUUUAUAUUGAUAUUUAUUUUAUUCAUCUAUUAUCAUUUAGAUGGCAGGUAGAUGGCUGACUUCAGCUUUGCUCUUGGCGUCUUGAACACGAUGGAAACCAAAAUGAGGUGAAAUCCAGGCAUACCGGAUAAGUCACCUUUAGGAAUGUAAUCCUAUUGCGUUCUCAUGGUAGCAUCGAGUUAUUUGAUAUCGGGCAACAAGAGAUAAUGAAAACAGGCCCCCUAAAGUAUACUUACCUAGUAGACGAUC